AUGGCGGCAAGAAAAAAGAGAGAGCUUUUUACUAUUUUGGAAACUAGCGCGGACACAGAAACUACCACGGUCUCCGAGAGUGAAGAUUCUCCGCUUAAUCUUUCAGUCGAUGUAAAGUGGUUUGAAAUUCCUUUCAGAAAGCCAGACUCGGACGAGGAGGAAGACGAAGUACAGGAGGACGGCGAGGAGGGGGAGAAUGGAUUCAAAAGCACAGCAGCAACGGAGGAGACUGCAGACGCAGUCAGUUACAUCGCGGAAGGAGGCUGCAAUAUUAUUUUGGUCACUGGCAAUGGAAUCAAGCACGAGGAGGAGGAGGAGUACGCGAAGGAGUGCUAUUAUUCUACCUCCAACAACUGCUCUGACACCACGUCAAACGACUCGGAUAUUGAUUUCUCCGAUUUGGAGGAGGAGGAGCACACGAGUUUUUUCAGCUUUGAUGAUGACUUGGAUGAAGACUGCACUUCUCCCGACUUCUGGGGCGAACCUGAUCAGGUAAUUUCAAUAGAGCCAUUCUCCGCUGUCAGUGGCCCUCAGCAUUCGCUGGGGGCCGAUGCUGACACUCGUGACUAUUUCCGGUUACUCUUUCCAGAUUCUCUUUUUGAACACAUGGUAGAACAAACAAACAGUUACGCCCUCUAUCGGCAAAGGAGGAGUGGAAAGUCAGACCCCCACUGGCAUCCCACUGACCUGAGAGAGAUGAAAGCUUACAUAGGACUGAACAUUCUCAUGGGCAUCAACCAGCUUCCUGAUGCUGACAUGUACUGGGCCAGUGACAUUUUCAUAGGCAAUGCAGGCUUUAAAAAGACUAUGACAGCUAGGCGCUUUGAGAAACUCACCCAAAACCUCCAUCUAUGUGACCGUGAGUCAGAGCCUGUGCGUGGCGAGCGAGGGUAUGAUGGCCUCUACAAAAUACGUGCUCUGCUGGAUGUCGUUGAGAACACCAUGUGGGACUCGUAUACGCCCAACCGCUGCCUGACUAUCGACCAGGGAACCGUAGCUGUGAAAGGUAGUUUCUCCCCGACCCAGUACAUGCCCUCCAAGCCCCUAAAGAAAGGACUCAAAUUGUGGAUGCUGUGUGAUUCCCGGUCAGGCUACUGCCACCGUGCCAGGAUCUAUGUGGGCAAGGCCAGUGAGGAGGCGGCAGUGGCUGCCCUGGGCUACAGAGUGGUGAUGUCCCUGGUGAGGGGUUUGGAGGGGAAGCACCACCACCUCUUCAUGGACAGCUUCUUCACCUCUGUGCCCCUCAUGCAGAGGCUCCUCCGGGACGGCCUCUACGCCUGCGGCCCCACCCAGCCCAGUCGCCGUGGUUACCCUGAGGUCCUCCGCCCGUGCAACGUUGGCAAGCUGUCGCCGGGCGAGUUUUACCAGUGCCAGCGUGGCAACCUUGUCGCCACGGUGACCCGGGACACCAAGGUGGUCAGCUGUCUGUCUUCCAACUCGGCGCCGGGGAUUGUGGGUAUCAGCCCGGGCAGGCAGCAGCAGCGUGAGUGGGAGGUGGAUAGUGAUGGCGGAGGAGGAGUGUCUUUUGGGGUUCCACACCCCCUCCCCCUGCUACUGUACCAGGAGAACAUGAGAGGGGUGGACCUGUGUGACCAGCUGAGGGAGUGUUACCAGGUGGGGCGCCCCUGCAAGAAGUGGUGGCGCUACUUCCUGUGGUUCUACGUCAACCUCUGCAUCGUCAACGCCUACGUCAUCCUACGGGAGAGCCGCGGGGGCGCCCCUCCGGCCGGCUGCAACGGGAAACAGUUCACCCAGCGUCACUUCCGCGUCCGCCUGGCACAGCAGCUCAUCGGGGACUACCAGGGGGCGAGGGGCAUGGAGCGGGCGGCACGUAAACGCCACGCAGACUCACCCAUUGAGUACGGGCACCGACUGGACCGCAUGUCUGAGCGCUCCCGACGCUGCAGGAACUGCACGAACAAGGGGCUGCGACAUGAGAGCGUGUUUGGUUGCAAGAUAUGCAACGUUCACCUGUGCAGGGGAGGGUGCUUCUCAGAGUUCCAUAAAUAA